GCCAGGGCUCCGCGUGGGCAGGCCCGGCGGACCUUUUUACCCUUCCCGGCGUUCGUCCCCGUUCGUAUAGUUUUUCGCCAGGAGGCAAAGCGCCGCCCGCCGCGGUCGUACGUAGCAAGCGCGCCCGCCAGGCUUGGGGGGGGUGUUGGCGCGGGGCGUAGCGCUUGGGCGGAUGAAGUGGGGACCUCCUCCCACAAACUCGCUCCUGUUGCUCUGCCGGUCUAACCGCGGACAUUACGAAUGGCAUUGCGUGUCCGCUGGUACUUGUCAAAGCGAUGCUACUGCUAGCUCGAAGGAUUUUCUGCGAGAUGUUGUGGCCGGCAGUAGGAGAAGACCGAUGACAAGACGCAAAGCCUGCGAGCAAGGAUGUUGUUGAACGCAGCAUGUUCACAUGGUGCAGGAUUUAUGAUAUCUCAGCGCCCUGGAGAUCAUUGAUCAGGAACGUCCUCGAGAUUACACAAGAUAUUCAUAUUGUUAUUGCUGAGUGCUGUUGAGGGAAGAACUUCAACUUUUAUUCGAGUGCUAUCACGUCGCAAACAGGCACGACAGUAUUUGAGUGUUAUUGGGCAAGAAGAACUAUUUCUGUAUGUGGAGCAAGAGCUUGAGCACUAAGUAAUUGUAAUUCUUUGAGCGAUAAGCAUGAGUCCCGUCCUCUUUCGGAGCGUGUUUUAUUUCAUUUGUUUAUUUCUGCUCAGAUGAUGUAGUUCCUCCGGCACACAGGAGCACUUUUUGCCUUGGGGCUUGCUCUUCAUGCUUUUCCGGGCGCAAAGUAAGCGCCGGAGGGCUGGCCGCAAGGGCGGGCGUGCUGAUAGAUUGGUGCUGGUCGGUCCCGACAUGGCUUACAAAUGAGCGGCGAAGCGUGCGGCGAGUAUGCAAACAAGGCAAGCGCGAAGAGGCAGCGCGAAGUCCUAGCGCUCAGCCUUGGAGCAUACCAAUCGCCACCAAGCGGCCUUCGAUCGGAUGGCAAUGCGCCGCCGUAUUCCGCAAGCGCUGGAGCUGGACUCCGUGGCAAUCAAUGGCGACGCGCCGCCCUCGCUUGUGUCUCUCUGGGCGCCUCGCGCCCUAGCCUGGUGUCUGUAUGGCCGCGCCGCCCGCGCGCCCUUUGUCUGUGCCCUCGGGCCAGGCCCGCAGGGCCACCGGCCCGCCCGCCCUGUCCGGGAGCGGGUGGAAUCGGCAUGGCGUCCGCUGGAGCAGUGGCGCCCGCCGCCCAGCCUUGCCAGGGUGCGCGGCAUGGCAGGGAGCCAAGGCCCCGGGUUGGCGGGCCCGAUCUUUGCACCCACCUUGUUUUUCGGCGUUCGUCUUCGUCUGCAAGGUAUUUCGCCACGCGGCAGAGCCCCGGCAUGUCUGCUGUCAAUCGUAGCGCGCCUGCCAGACUCGGAGAGGCGCGCGUCCGUGCGCCGCGUGGCGCGCGGGUGGAGGAGGUAGAAAUAUACCACUGCCUGGUGCAGCUCUGUCAGUCUAACCGGGGGAGAUGAAAGCCAAUUGAUUCGUGUCCGCUGGUUGCCAGAGAGAUGCAAACUCGAAUGAUUCUCUGUGAGACGUUUCUGCACCCGACACUAGUAGGCGAAGAUGCAACAGCAAAGAAAGCCUGCGAACAAGGAUUCUGAAGAACAGCACGUAAAGCCUGCGAACAAGAGC